UAGGCGGGAAGGAGCCUGGACACAGUGACACUUCUCAAAGGCCCUGCAGGAACGCCAUGGCUUAUGAUGACGCCGUGAAGAAAGAAGAUUGCUUUGAUGGUGAUCACAGCUUUGAGGACAUAGGACUAGCAGCUGGCAGAAGCCAACGAGAGAAGAAACGUUCUUACAAAGAUUUUUUAAGGGAAGAGGAAGAAAUCGCUGCUCAGGUCAGGAAUUCUUCCAAGAAGAAGUUAAAGGAUAGUGACUUUUACUUCUUGGGGACGGACACGCACAAGAAGAAGAGGAAGCACUCCUCUGAUGAUUACUACUAUGGAGAUAUUUCGUCUUUGGAAUCGUCACAGAAGAAAAAGAAAAGGUCCAGCCCGCAAGCUGCUGAUACAGCGAUGGACCUGCUGAAAGCUAUCACUUCCCCGCUGGCCGCAGGCUCCAAGUCCUCCAAGAAGACAGGGGAAAAGUCCUCCGGUUCUUCUAGCCACUCGGAGAGUAAAAAGGACCACCACAGGAAGAAAAUAAGUGGAAGCAGUGGGGAACUGUCCCUGGAGGAUGGGGGUUCCCACAAAUCCAAAAAAAUGAAACCGCUCUAUGUGAAUACCGAGACACUGACCCUCCGUGAGCCUGACGGUUUAAAGAUGAAGCUCAUUCUCUCACCAAAGGAGAAGGGAAGCAGCUCAGUUGAUGAGGAGUCUUUUCAGUACCCCUCUCAGCAAGGGGCUGUGAAAAAGUCCUCUAAGAAAUCAGCUCGGGAUGAGCAAGGUGCUUUACUCCUAGGACACGAGUUACAGAGCUUUCUGAAAACAGCCCGGAAGAAGCACAAGUCAUCCUCAGACCCACAUUCGUCUUCUGGCCCCGAAGGCUGUGGGUCUGAUGCCUCCCAGUUCCCAGAAUCCCACAGUGCUAAUCUGGAUCUUUCAGGGCUUGAGCCUAUCCUAGUAGAAUCAGACUCAACCUCUGGAGGGGAGCUAGAGGCUGGUGAGUUGGUGAUAGAUGAUUCUUACCGGGAAAUCAAGAAGAAAAAGAAGUCAAAGAAAAGCAAAAAGAAGAAGGACAAGGAGAAGCAUAAGGAGAAACGCCAUUCCAAGUCCAAGAGAAGUUCAGGACUUUCUGCUGCAGUGGUGGGAGAGAUCACAAUGACUCCUGGCCCUCCUCCCAGCAUCCCCUACCCUGGAGCAGCUGCCCCUCCCCCACCGCUUCCUGGCCUCCACACUGAUGGGCAUAGUGAGAAAAAAAAGAAAAAGGAGGAAAAGGAUAAAGAGAGAGAAAGAGGAGAAAAGCCAAAAAAGAAGAACAUGUCGGCCUACCAGGUGUUCUGUAAGGAGUACCGCGUGACCAUAGUGGCUGACCAUCCCGGCAUAGAUUUUGGGGAACUUAGUAAAAAACUGGCUGAGGUGUGGAAGCAAUUGCCAGAAAAGGAUAAGCUGAUUUGGAAGCAAAAAGCUCAGUAUCUGCAGCACAAACAAAACAAAGCAGAAGCUACAACUGUGAAAAGAAAAGCAUCCGGCUCAGAAGGCUCCAUGAAAGUAAAAGCUUCCUCUGCAGGAGUGCUGUCACCCCAAAAGAAGUCCCCGCCCACCACCAUGCUAUUACCAGCUUCCCCGGCCAAAGCCCCUGAGACAGAGCCCAUUGAUGUUGCUGCUCAUCUACAGCUGCUGGGAGAGUCCCUCAGCCUCAUCGGACACCGCCUGCAGGAAACAGAGGGCAUGGUGGCCGUGUCUGGCAGUUUGUCCGUGCUUCUGGAUUCCAUUAUCUGUGCGCUCGGCCCCUUGGCGUGUCUGACCACACAACUACCUGAACUGAAUGGCUGUCCCAAACAGGUCUUGGCAAACACACUAGACAACAUCGCUUAUAUCAUGCCUGGACUGUGACAGCAGAGAAUCCUGGGACAGAAACCUUGUCCUACCCCAUUGCUGGUUUGUGUAUAUAGGACCGUUCCAGAUCUCUUCACUGGCCACUGGGUGUAGGUUUUAAAUUUUUAUAUACAUACACAUAAAUAUAUAUAUAUAAUGUACAAUAUAUACAUAGGAUUGUAACUACUUCGCUUUUAAUAAUUUUAUGAAAUGGCAAAGGUUUAGCCAAGAGGAAACCUUGGCAUGAAAAUGGGCUUGGGAUUCUUUUUUCUCCUGUGGUGGAUAAAUCUGCCUUAAAAAUCAAUGUUACUUGAGGGCUGGGGCUUGUUCUGGGUGCCAAGUGCAUCUCUUUAUGGACAGCUAAAAUGUGAUUUUUUUCCCAAGCUCAGUUGUACCUCCAGACCCAUCACUGACCAUUUGCCUUACCUGUCUUACAGUCUGAAAUGUAAGAGGAAAGAUUAUGGGAAGAUGCCAGUUGACCGAAAGUGCUAAAGCCUUUCCACUUGAAGUGUCUUAGGUGGGAGCUGAUAAAAUCGUUCCCAUCUGAGAGUUACUGCGAUGGCUUAGGUGAACCUAGUAGGGGGUUCAUUCCAGUUCCUGCGAUACAGGUGUCCAUGUCUCAACUUAUUGUAAUCAUUGGCAGCCUCGGUAGGGGCCAAGGAGUUCUGUGAGCCCUGGCAGCAUAAAACGCCUUGAAGAGGGUAAAGCUGUCAUGCCACCAGUUGAACUGCAUACAUUGUGAGCUGACCCAGAAUCUUUGGCCUGCAGAACGAAGAGCUGGUAUCUUCCAUCUGGCAGCAUUCGCUUAGCCACCAAGUCCUCACAGGUUCUGCCUAAUUGCUUGGUGGCUGUGGAAGAUGAACUUGGCCCAGUGGGAUUCUUGGGUUCAUCUUAUUGGCUCCCCUGGUGGGCAGAUACACAGUGUUCUGCAUUCCACACAUAAGUGAAUUGCAAAAAAAGUAGUUGAUUCUCAUGUAGGUUUAUUUAUGUGCGCGUGUGAAUGUGUUUUAAUUAUGUGUAUUUAACUCUUUAAAAUCUUAGAUUUUAAUUUAUCCUGUAAAUUUCUGUAUAUAUAAUUUAAUAACAAAAGCCUCCACCAGCAACAGCAUGUGGAAGAUACAGAUUGUUCUUUCUUCCUCCCUUCCUUCCUCUGAAAACUCCAAAUCAUCUGCAUUUGAAGGUAUUGUGCCUCAAAAAGGAAUCAUUAUGUCAGGAUUCUAGUUCUUUAUAAUUCAAUAAUGUGAAGAAAGUAAAAUAAAAAGGAAUGUUUUCAUUCCCAGCUGCCCUUAUUUCCAAAGAACCAGACUUUUGCUUCCUCGAUCCAAAGAAGACAGCUGAGCGCUUCAGGGUUGUUUUUAAAUGUGUGAGCUUCCCUGCCAAACGCCAGCUCUGAGGGAACUUUCUUCCCCAGGCUCGACGGAGCUCCACAGCGUCAAAGUAGAGGUUUGAGGACAGUGCAGCCAGCCCGCACCCUAUCGAAUGCCUUCCCUUCUCCCCACCAGAGUGGUCGCGGGGCUGUUUCUCAAUGGUAUUCUGGCUGCUGAAUGCCUUUCUCAGCUCAGAGCAGUUUUGAGAUUUAAUUGGGGAAACGGAAGGAAAGGGGAAUGUUUGGGAACCAAAAUCAGGAACAGAAAUCUUGUUUUGAUUUCGUGUGUUAGAACCUGUACCAUGCCUCAUCUGUACCCACGGAAGUUUCCUGUUUGACACAGGUAUCAAGGAGGGGCCUUGAAGACAUGGCUUAGUACCGAAAGAAGUCAGUCCUACCAUGGUCAUUUGUAUACAUUCAUGAAAUCCUGAUGAGGACCUGCUUUUUGUUUGUUUUCCUUUAAAAUCCAAUCCUAUUGUAUUUGUAUUUAAAAUUUGUACACAUUUGUAUAAUAACCUGUACCUUGUGGUAUUUGGUACUAUUAGAGGAAAAACUUUGGAUUCAGACCUUCUUGCAAUUUUUAUAUCAUUGUUUUAUUUUUGUUUUUAAAAUAAAUCCUAGUGGUUUGAUCCAAAUUCCAUUACAGUUGUAUAAAGAAAUAAAAUUUUGUACUUAUAUUAUUAAAAAUCACAUUUUUAAUAUUUAUA